CAGCGGCCGGCGUCCCACCGGUCUCCUAGCAACCUGCACUUCCGGUUUGUGGGGGGAGCGGGGCCUCACUUCCGUCCGCAGCCAGACAGGCACCCCCUGGCUUGGAGGAGCGGCCUCGCAGCCCAAAGGGCGGGACCCGGCUGUCCAACGUCUCUCAGGCAUUGGCCGGCGUGCCGAGAGCUGCCGCGGCGAUUGGCGAGCGGGCGCCGCCGUGGGCGGGGCUUGGCGCCGGCGGGGUAUAUAAGGGCGCUGCGGCGGCAGGGCGCAGGGCCGGCGGGCGGGCGGCGAGAGCGGCAGCGCUCUGCGCCGCCGCCAUGCGCGAACGGAGGCCGGUACCGGCCGCCCCGGCCCGCUGCAAGCUGGUGCUGGUGGGCGACGUGCAGUGCGGCAAAACGGCCAUGCUGCAGGUGCUGGCAAAGGAUUGCUACCCUGAGACGUACGUGCCCACCGUGUUUGAGAACUACACGGCGUGUUUGGCCAGCGAGGAGCAACGGGUGGAGCUGAGCCUCUGGGACACCUCCGGCUCUCCCUACUAUGACAACGUGCGUCCCCUCUGCUACAGCGACUCGGACGCCGUCCUGCUCUGCUUCGACAUCAGCCGCCCCGAGACCCUGGACAGCGCGUCCAAGAAGUGGAAGACGGAGAUCCUGGACUAUUGCCCCAACACGCGGGUGCUGCUCAUCGGCUGCAAGACGGACCUACGGACAGACCUGAGCACCCUGAUGGAGCUCUCCCACCAGAAACAGGCACCCAUCUCCUAUGAGCAGGGUUGCGCAGCGGCCAGGCAGCUGGGAGCCGAGAGCUACUUGGAGUGCUCGGCCUUCACCUCGGAGAAGAGUGUCCACAGCAUCUUCCGGACCGUGUCCGGCAUCUGCCUCAGCAAAGCUCCCCCGCAGCCCCCCAGAAGCCCCCCCCGCAGCCUCUCCAAGAGACUCCUGCACCUGCCCAGCCGCUCCGAGCUCAUCUCUUCCACCUUCAAGAAGGAAAAAGCAAAAAGCUGCUCCGUCAUGUGAAGGGGGGGACAUGAAAGCCCCCAGCCCUCCUGACCCCCUAGGAUGGGGUGGGGGGCUGGGCAGGGCUGCAGAGUCCCCCACAAGGAGGAUGGGGUGCCUGCUGCCCUCCCAUCUCAUCGCUUCCCCUGCCAGUCCCCCCAUCCUGGGGGGCAGCCCCCAUGGAGCUGCCAUGAGUAGGGGUCUGGGGGGGCCCAGGGGGCUGCUCAAUAGCUGCCCCCCAAACCCCAGGGUGGGGGGGCUCAUCCACGGACUCAUUCUGUUCCCCCAGUGCUGCCCCAUCCCUCAUCUGCUGCUUGGACCCGGGGACCCUGGUGGGGAGGGGGGCACCGGUGGGGGGCGCUGUUUUAUGG